GAUUGUGUCGUUCUUUCGUUGCAUGUGAGUUUAAAAUAUUAACAAAACAAAACAAACAAAAUGAGCAUCUCCACCUCCGGGGCAGUAUAUAAAAUACAAAUUUUCCAAUAGGCGUGGGCCUGUAGGCCUAAAUUCCGGUCGGUUGGUCGGUCGGUUGGUUGGUUUUGGACAGACGACAAUUGACCGAACCCGCUGCAUUGUGUUUUGUGUUUUUCUGAGAUUCAUCUAUUAUUACUGUUGAAGCUGCCUACCUACCCACCUACCUGGCGUCUUUUCGAUUCAUUGUAGUACCGUGAUCGCACCGAUCCACCUACCUACCUAUCCCUUGCCACCCAGAGACAGCUGCCUACUGGUCACGCCUACCGACCUACCCACCCACAUGGUGGGUAGGUGGGGCGAGGGAGCGCGCGCUGCCUAUUGGCCACGCCUACCGACCUACCGACCCACCAGCCUGGUGGGUGGGUGGGGCGAGGCAGGGUGCGCUGCCUAUUGGCCACACCUACCGACCUACCCACCCACCUCGCUGGUGGGUGGGUGGGGCGAGGGAGCGUGCGCUGCGUAUUGGCCACGCCUACCGACCUACCCACCCACCAGCCUGGUGGAUGGGUGCGGCGAGCAAACGCUGUCUAUUGGCCACGCCCACCGACCUACCCACCCACCUCGCUGGUGGGUGGGUGGGGCGAGCGUGCGCUGCCCCUUGGCCACGCCUACCGACCUACCCACCCACGGGCCUGGUGGGCGGGUGGGGCGAGCGUGCGCUGCCUAUUGACCACGCCUACCGACCUACCCGCCCACCUCGCAGGUGGGUGGGUGGGGUGAGCGUGUGUUGCCUCUUGGCCACGCCUACCGACCUACCCACCCACCUGCCUGGUGGGUGGGUGGGGCGAGCGCGCGCCGCCUAUUGGCCGGGCUGCCGAGCGACCUACCCACCCACCAGGCCGGUGGGGGUGUGGGGCGAGCGUGCGCUGCCUACUGGCCACGCCUACCGUCCGACCUACCCACCCACCUGCCUGGUGGGGGGGGGCGGGGCGAGCGUGCGUUGCCUAUUGGCUACGCCUACCGACCCACCCACCCAGCUGCCAAGCGGGGGGGGGCGAGGGAGCGUGUGUUGGCUAUUGGCCACGCCUACCGACCUACCAACCCACCUGCCAAGCGGGGGGGGAGGGGGUGGGGCGAGCGUGCGUUGCCUUUGCCUAUGGCUCAAUCUAUUAGCAGGGGGUUUGCAAGCAAGGGACUCGCGAAGCCAAGGGGUUGUGCAAAAAGCCCCCGCUCGGCAUGACCAAGCGGGGGCGGAUCCAAAUUUUGCGCGAGUUUGUCUCUAUUUCCCAAGUGUGUUUUGCUUGGGUUGAGGAAACGCAGGCCGUGGCUGGAGAAAAGUGCAGCAUUGGAGCCCCGACCUCUUUCUAUCUCACAGGCGCAAACUCUCACGAGGCCCCCCGGAGCUCCGACUGCGUCCACGCAGCACAGAUUUGUGUCUCCGGCGAGCUGCGCGCCGCACAGAUUUGCGCGCAACACACAGCACAGAUUUGCGCGCAGCGCCGAUUUGUGCUGCGCGCACGCAGCGGAGAUUUGUGUCUGCGGCGAGCUGCGCGCAGCACAGGUUUGUGGCGCGCGCAACACAGACUGGCGUCCACGCAACACAGAUUUGCGUCUGUGUUGCGUGGACACAUCGAACUCUCCUUCUGCCGAGACCUUUCUGCCGCCCUGGCGGAAGUGCCUACUGGGCGGCGAUAGGAUGCGGCGCUACCAGCCUCGCAGGGGCGGGCUGCAGCCCCGGUAGGGAGGCAGGUGCGCCGCGCGCCCCGACCACCCCCCUAUCGUGCUUCGCCCUCCUUGCCGUUGCGGUUGUCUUCUAAAUCCGAAACCGAUAUGCGUUUUUCCAUAAGUCGUAAACUCGGUCAAUUGUCGUCUGUCCAAAACCAACCAACCGACCGACCAACCGACCGGAAUUUAGGCCUACAGGCCCACGCCUACUCAAAUUUUCAUAUUUUUGUUUUUUUCAUGCAUACAUCUAUAAAAUGAAAGAUCAUAUGCUAAUGAAUGAUGAUGAAUGCAAAUUUCUAUGCAAAAUCAUGGGUGAUCUGCUGUCAUGGCACUAAGGUAUACAUCUGUUUUUCUUUUUUCUUCUGAUGCAAAAUGAAAAUAC